CACUCAAGCUAACAUGAUGUUUUCCAAUCCCGCAAUGGUUGUCUUCCACCAGUCGCCAAUAACAAAAAAAAUAAAAACGCAAAGCUAAUCGUAUUUAGACACAGACUCCUGGUCUGUCUUGUCCACCCAUGGAGCCUUCGUACUCUCACGGAAGCGACGCUUCAACACAGUCUUCCUUCACUUAUCCAGACCUGUACUCUUCCUCUCCGAUGCAAGAACCAGACCUUUUUCCCUGUCCGUCUCCUUUCGAGUCGUCCUAUGAUUAUGAUUUCUCUUCUUCCCCGGGUCAGUGCCAAUAUGGCUUUGCGGACGUAUACCCGGCCGUCAACUCGUCCUAUGUCAACUCCAUCCCGAUCCCUGGCGCUGGAUACGUCGACCACUCGCUUGCAACAUCUGCAUCGUCGAUAUCGUCUUCUCCGCCGGUUCAAUGGCCGCCCCAAGAUGCACAACUCUUCCCUGACAUCUGUCACGACAUUCCUUUCGAAACAACAUCUCCCAAAUCAAACAAACCCUUCCCCUGCGCAGACUGCGGUAAAGCAUUCACUCGCUCUGCCGACCUAAGACGUCACCAAACCAGCGUCCACUACCCCGUAUUCCAAGACUGCCCCGUUGCCGACUGCUCGAGAAAAGGCCACAACGGGUUUCCGCGCAAAGACCACUUGCUCGAACAUCUACGCGCGUACCAUCACGUCCCUGUACCCAAGCGCGGGGCAUCCAAGAGAGUUACUAAAGCGCAGUAUCUGUAGCUGAUUUUUUGCUACGGAUCGGGUUUCUCUUUUAUUUCUUGCGAGUU